CUCCGUGAACCCACGCCUUUUGCCCCUCCCCUGCGCUGCCAUCUUCCCUUCCAAGGAAACGCCCCGGGGCCCCUCCGCCUAUAAAGCUGACGCCCCGGCAGGCCGGCACCAUUGCCAAGGACAACGAAAGCUUCCCAUCCUCUUGGCUCUGUUCCUCCAUCCACCACUAGCCUCUCCAUCUCCUCUCCUCGGGGUUUCCGUCCUUCCGUCCGAGUGCCUUCGCUUGCUGUUGGGGUCGCGAUGGAGAAGGAGGUCGGCGUGAACGAGGAGGCGGUGGCAGCGCCGGAGGAGGCGACGCCGACCCUGACCGCGACGCCGACCCUGACGGCGCCGGAGAAGGAGCCCGAGGCGCGGGAGAAGUGCUACAAGAAGACGGUGGGGGAGGAGGCGACGUUCCUGGAGAGCGCCAAGGACUACUUCAACCAGUUCAAGGCGAUGCCCGCGCAGAAGCACUGGAUCUGCGUCAAGAACUACUUCUCCCAGAAGUGCAGCUCGGUGUUCGGCAAGCAGAAGGUCGAGCCUGUGGUCAAGGAUAAGACUCCAGAGGUGGUGAAGCCGGCAGCAGUUGAGACUCACUGAAGGGGUUCUGAUCGUCUUUGGGAAAACAAAUGUAAAUGAUCUUGGAGGUGUUCUACGGUGGUGAAAACUUGAGACUUUGUUGGUCUCCUUAGAAACUAGUAUCAUAGUAUGUCUUGCUAGCUGUUCGAAGUAGUGGUGUGGGCAUCGUUGGUCCAGUAACUCGUCAUGAAAACUAUGUGUUUCUGCAUCAAGUUCUUAGAAUGUGAACCUUAAUCUGCCUGGAAUGGAAUGGUUACUGAGCCCAUUUGCGCUUAUUUGGUAUU